AUGUGUGAUGCGUCAGAUUAUGCAAUCGGGGCUGUUUUAGGGCAAAGAGUUGAUAAAGCACCCUAUGUCAUCUACUAUGCUAGUAAGACCCUGAAUGAUGCCCAAUUGAAUUACUCAACCACUGAGAAAGAAUUGUUAGCGGAAUUUGACCUUGAAAUCCGUGAUAAGAAAGGCUCUGCGAAUGUAGUCGCUGAUCAUUUGUCUCGUCUAGUUGUUGAUUCGAUUAGCAAUUCUCUUCCCAUCUCUGAUUAUUUCCUUGAUGAGCAACUUUUUGCGGUAUCUUUUGCACCAUGGUAUGCCGAUAUUGUCAAUUACAUUGUCACGAGACCCUUUAUCUCUUCAUAUGGGUAUACCUACAUCCUUCUGGCCGUUGAUUAUGUGUCCAAAUGGGUAGAAGCCUUAGCCACCAAGACAGCUGACCAUAGGGUUGUGGUGAAAUUCUUGAAAGACUUAAUUUUGUCUUGCUUCGGUACACUUCGAGCCAUAAUCAGUGAUAAUGGUUCACAUUUCUGCAACAAAGUCUUUGCUAGCUUAAUGUCUAAAUAUGGGAUCACCCAUAAAGUAGCCCUAUCUUACCACCCACAAACCAAUGGUCAGGCUGAGACCCCUAUAGGAAUGUCUCCAUACCGAUUGGUCUAUGGUAAAGCCUGUUACUUGCCUGUCGAACUGGAACAUUGUGCUUAUUGGGCCAUCAAAGCCAUGAACUUUGAUUAUGAUCAAGCCGGUGAGCGUAGGACACUUCAACUUAAUAAGUUGGAAGAACUCAGAAAUGAUGCCUAUGAGAGUUCGAGGAUUUAUAAAGCUAAGACUAAAUUGGAACAUGACAAACAAAUUUUAAGACAGGAGUUUUUCCAAGGCCAAAAGGUUCUUUUGUAUAACUCUCAUCUUGUAUUGUUUCCUGAGAAGUUGAGGUCACCAUAG